AUGUCGACGAAGCCGGCCACAUACCUGCCACCCUUGAUGGGUUUGAUGGGUUUGAUGGCAUUCAUUUGCUCAAACUUAAGCCUCUUUGCUGGAAAAUCUCAUGGUGUUUUGGAGGAAGCUUACAUAGUUCGAAAACGAAGUUUUAUCGGUCUGACAUCCGCUGGCUCACAGAUCAAUUUUCCCAAGCUCGGCCAGCUAGCUUUCAACGGCGCGACUUCGCAGGAUGACGAUCUCUCAAGCCAAAUUGGAGAUUCUGUUCUCAACCUAACUAGCAACACCCUUGAGCGUUUCAACAUGCCUGACUGGUACUCGAUUCAUGUUCUGAACCAUUGCAAGGGAGACUUUACCUCUGCUUCAGGAUCAUCCGACAUUAAGUUCAAAGUCAUUGAGUGUACUGGCUUGGGAAAUAAGUUAAUAUCGAUCGACCUUGAGCCACUUGAAAACAUUAUCAGCGAUACACUUUGGCUAAAGGAAGUGGAAAGUGCGGUCAGCAUCAUUGGAAAAAUACAUUUGGCACUAGCAUUGAUAUAUGGGGUUGCCAUCAGUCUUUCAGGUAUAGGCUUGGUGGCUUGUCUCUUUAUAGCAAUCAUGCCAACUCAUUUGGGGGUCAAUUAUACUGCUGCGUCCGUAUUUGUCACUUCAGGGCUGGUUAUCAUAACAGCGAGUAUAGUUGUGACUGUUGCAGCUCGUACGAGCGUCUCCAAAAUAAACAGUAUCAAGAAGUCUAUUGAAAUUUCUGCAACUGUCGGGGUUACAUUCUUAGUCCUCACAUGGAUGACCGUGGCUGCUACCAUGUUCGCAGCUAUGUUGUCCAUUUAUCUCUCUAGAAAAACUCGAAAUGAAUCGAAAAUUUCUAAGCAAAAAGUAAUCGACCGCCUUAGAGAUGACCAUGGGAUAGAGUUGGGCACCAAUAUGCUGUAG